CAGCCAAAACGUGCGUAAACGCGGCAAAGAGGUGUCAACACGCGCGUUGACAAGCUAUCGAUCGAGACGAUGGCCAGCCCACGACGAAAGAGAAAGUGCCGCGCUCCACUGCUCAAUAGCGGCUGCCACAACUAAACACAGUGUGCAGCAGCGGCGUGAAACAUAACAAUGCUCCAGUACUGCCGCCUCGCCACGCCGCCCGACGAAGAAGUCACCGCCCUCGCGCCGCACGACAAAAAAGUCGCGCUCGGCACUGCGCGCGGCACGGUCUGGAUCUUAGAUGAAUUGGCCGGCGCUUUGAGUCCAGGUGUGAGGAUCGAGGCCCACACUGGUUCUAUAAGAGAUGUCGCCUGGGACGCUGCUGGCAUGUUCCUAGGGAGCUGCGGCGGGAAUAGUAUAAGUGUGCACGGCCGCAAACACGCCGACGAUCUGGACGCGAGCAGCUGGGAGAAGAUUGACGAAUCGAGCUGCGUCGGGGUCUCUUCCAUCACUCUGGAACCGUUAUAUGGUGCUCCUUCCAAAGCAUUGUUCUGCGGCGACAGCACGGGACGCGUCGAAAGACGUAGCAAAGGAUUAGUCUCAACAACAAGACAAACGGUGGACGACGGCGACGACGUCGAAUGUACGUUACUAAGUUGGGGCGACGCCUUCGUGGCCUGGCGCUGCGCGACGGGCGUCAAGCUCGCUCACGGUGACACCGCGACACCGGCAGCUUUUCUGGCGUGCGAGGGCGAAGGUAGCACUUCGUUGGCCUGGGAUGCUUCGGGAGAUUUGUGGGUGGCGCGCGGAGAGACGAUACGACGGAUAUCUGUACAAGUGGACGGUUGGGACGACGAGGGCUUGCCCGUCACCUCAGCUAGCGUGACCAGUACUUUCCAUAUCGACGUCCUCGCUCUACAAAUCGUGCCGCACGGCCCCGAGCACGUCGCCAUUCUGUCCGACGAGGAAUUACUAAUAGUGGAUCACUCUGGUGAAGUAGAGAGUGCUGAUACAUUACCGGUGCCGUGCGACCAUUUAGUAUCAACAUCUGCAGAAAACUGGUCCCGUGAACAGUGGCGCACGCUCGGGUCGAAGCUCGAGGGCACGCCGCCCACGCUGUACCUGUACGGCGAGGCGGUGGUCACGUGUAGAGUCAGAGACGGCGACGACCUCGUAGAUGUCUGUUUGGAGAAAGGCGACACGGCGAACGCUUUGAGGGUGGCGUCUUCGACAAUGUUAGGGAGGCACGACGUGCAGAACGUCGCAUCCCAACACGUCGAGCACUUACUGACGAGCUCACCGGAGAAGGCCGCAAGUGUCUGCCACAGGUUCCUGCCUUUGACAGAAUGGAUUUCUACGUUUGACGACCACGACCAGUUACUCUCGUUGGCCUUGCUCCUCCCGACCAAGAAAAAACUCGCACCUGACGUGUACGAGGACGUCCUUACGCGACUCUCAGCAAAGAAUGGAGCCGCUUUAUUAACUGUAAUAAGGACCUGGGGGACCCAUGAACCGCCGUUGUACGACGCUUCGAACGUAGCCGACCGCAUUCCUACAGAACACGUGGAAGCGCGGGCCGAGUUGUUCGUUUUGGCCAAGCGGCCGGAAAAAGCUCUAGACUGCCUGUUAGACGUCCAAGGCACGUCCAUCGCACCGGACGCCAUCCAGAGAUUAGUCGCGGACCACGGCUUGUUUGAUGAGGUUGCUCGUAAUGCUUCGCGGUUCGUCCGGGCGGCGCGUUCUGCGGCUUCUCUACUGUUCGUGUCUCAUGUUGAUGUCCUACCUAUCGACGAGAUGGGCGAACAGCUCGACGGGGAAGACCUGGCCUGGUACCUACAGCUGUGCUUCGAGCACAAACUGUUGGAUGCUCCGGAGCUAUCGAGGUGGCACGAUAUGUAUGUCGAGCUCCACACGGACCUGUCAGAUUUUUUGAGGGCGUCGUCGUUGUAUGAUAAAGAAAAAGCUCUUCAGAGAUGUAUGCAACUACAAAAGUGGAGGGACGCCGCCUAUUUACUAGGAUGUUUGAACCGCGAGGACGACGCCAUCUCACUGCUACUCAAACAUAACGACCUCGACGGCGCGGCGCGGCACGCCGCAUCGUCCGAGGAGGCGCUGGUGGCCUUUUCUGAGCGCGCGACGGUGCGGCCCGAUUUAAUUGCUGCUGCUUUGGACGCUGCCGCGGACGGCUGCGAGCUCGACCUGCCGCGCGUCCUCGCAUCUACACAAAGUGGAAUGGAGGUGCCUGAUCUACGAAAGAGGUAUAUAGGCGCUUUGCAGGCCAAGCGCCUCGACGCCGCUUUGUUAGACGCGGCGGCCGCGUGCGCUUCCAGAGAUGAGACGCUCGCGCUCGAAAGGAAGCUGCACGUGGCCCAGCGCGGCGUGCUCAUGGAGCCGCCCCACGAGUUCGAUGAGGACGGGAACAUCAUCAUUGAGAGGAGGGAUAGAUAUUACUAA